CGAAAAUAUCUUCUCCAUAAUCUUACCACAUUAUUUUUCUUAAUCCUAAUUUAUGUUUCUUUCCCUUGUCCUUUUACUCAUCGUCGAAGAUCAAAUUUUUGUUGUACAUUUUUUUGGGGGUUAGAAUAUGCUUAUAUGUUGCAUGGAUUUCUCUGCUUAUAGUGUUCAUUAGGGAGGUUGUGCAACUUUGAGCUCAUCGUGUGUUGUAUUUGGUUUAUGUGCUUAAAGAGCAUACAUGAUUAGUUAUGGAAUCUUUAUGGAAGCUUUUAUAUUUACUUGAACCUGCUCCUAUGACUCUUAUAGUUACGGCGAUGGCUGUAACAUUUGGAUCUGCAUUUCGUGCUCUGAAUCAUGGGAAAGAAAUGGAGCGGAACCGUGACUUGUUGGAGGCAUCAAUUACUUUAGAUAGGUCCCAAGCUCUAAUGAUCCCGGUAAUGAGCUCCUGCAGCUUGCUAUUGAUGUUUUACCUUUUCUCGUCUGUCUCACAACUCUUGACUGCAUUCACGGCUAUCGCUUCUGUUUCAUCCCUUUUCUUCUGGCUAUCUCCUCAUGUUGCUUACUUGAAAUCGCAAUUCGGUUUGGCUGACCCAUUUCUGUCUCAAUGCUGUUCGAAGUCAUUUACAAGAAUACAGGGGUUAUUGUUGUUGGCAUGCAUCUUUAUAGUUGCCACUUGGCUUGUUUCAGGUCAUUGGAUUUUGAACAAUUUGUUAGGGAUCUCUCUCUGUGUUGCAUUUGUGAGUCAUGUCCGCCUUCCGAACAUUAAAAUAUGUGCGAUGCUUCUUGUAUGUUUGUUUGUGUAUGACAUAUUCUGGGUUUUCUUCUCUGAAAGAUUUUUCGGCGCUAAUGUCAUGGUAUCAGUGGCAACAAAGCAAGCAUCAAACCCGGUUCACACAGUUGCUAAUAGUUUGAGUCUUCCUGGCUUGCAAUUUAUAACAAAAAAGCUUGAGUUGCCUGUAAAGAUUGUAUUUCCAAGGAAUUUGUGGGGUGGUGCAUCCCCUGCUGGGAAUACAGCAGACUUCAUGAUACUCGGUCUAGGUGAUAUGGCCAUUCCCGCCAUGCUUCUAGCAUUAGUCCUUUGUUUUGAUCAUCGAAAUAGUAGGGACACCGUAAAUCUUUUAGAUUUGCAUUCCUUGAAGGGGAACAAGUAUAUAUGGUAUGCUCUUCCUGGGUAUGCUAUCGGAUUGGUGACCGCCCUCGCAGCUGGCAUUUUGACUCACUCACCUCAACCUGCUCUUCUUUACCUGGUACCUUCAACGCUGGGACCUAUAUUUUUUAUCUCAUGGUUAAGGAAGGAUCUAGCUGAAUUAUGGGAAGGAACCAUGCCAAAUCUCAAUGACAAGGCUAGACAAAUAGAUUUGUGAUCCCAAAUCUCAAUGACUAGGCUAAAACAAAUAGAAGUCCGAACCAUUUCUUUAUGCGAUACGACCACUAGGCCGAUGUCAGGUUAAUCGGAGCCUUUUGUUUGUAUAUUCCUUUUUGAUGUUCUGUUAUCGAAAUGUAUCAAACUUUUUUCGGCUUACCGGAACAUGCCAGCCUGCCAUUAGCUUAUGAGUUAAGAUGUUUGACUGAUUUAAACUUUGACUUCAUAAUUGUGAUUUUUUUUUA